AUGAGACAGUCUUUGCUAAACGUGCUAUUGUUGCUAUUGUCACUGGCUGGCUUAGUGGUGAGUUAUGCACCAACAAAGGCACAUUGCCCAAAGCACGAGCAAUCGCUUCUGAGAACUGCAAAAUCACUCUCUGACGAUGAAACCAAAUGGAUAGCGAAAAGACAGAAAAAAACAACCAAAAGUUUCAUCAAAUUCCUAGAGGGCUCUAAUCUGACAGAUUUCACCGAAUAUGACAGUGUCAAGGACUUGGUUCAUAGCUUCAAGAAGCCAGUCACUCUUGCUGCGGCCUUCUCUGGAGGCGGAUAUAGGGCAAUGCUAAAUGGUGCUGGUCAAUUGGCUGCCCUAGACAGCCGAACAGAAGGAGCUGAUGAGCAUGGACUCGGAGGUCUUCUAGAGUCGCUCACAUAUAUUUCUGGGCUAUCUGGAGGCUCGUGGUUGCUUGGAACCGUGGUGCUGAACGAAUGGGCCUCCAUCCAAUCUAUCAUUGACCAGGAAAAGAUCUGGAAUCUCACUAGUUCCAUCCUUUAUCCGUCCACCUCUUCCACAAAAAAUUUACUGUAUUUUGAAAAGCUUUUCAAAGCUGCUGUCUCAAAGAAGGAGGCCGGUUUUGAUAUAUCCGCAAUCGAUAUUUGGGGAUUGGCACUUGCUAACCAGUUCUUCCCCACAUUGGAGUAUGACAACUUGACUUGGUCUGGUGUCCAGAAGCUGGAUGCAUUCAGAAACCACGACAUGCCUUUUCCGGUUAUAUCUACCAAUAGUGGACCUCCAGGCUCGAAUCUGUCUGCUCUAGAUGCCAUUUCAACCGAGUUCAACCCAUAUGAGUUUGGCUCAUGGCACAGAUAUGUAAACAGUUUCACGGACCUCACCUAUCUAGGCACGGACGUCGUCAAUGGCAAACCCACCGGCAAAGAAUGUACCAAAGGUUUCGAUAAUGCUGCCUUUAUUAUCGGGUCCUCUUCAGACAUUUUUGUUGGGACUGGUGCAGCUAUUCUGUUUGCCGGACUUGGUGCCUAUACUGCAUUACCAGAAGUGGCCGAUUACCUUGACCAAUUAAACCCGGAGUACGAGAGCUAUGCUAUCUACAAACCUUCCCCAUUUUAUGAAUUUGACAAUGACCUGAACCCUUUCCUACAGGUGAGUGAGAUCUUGCUCUCUGCAGAUGGUGGAAGUUCUGACGAGGUUGUGCCUUUUGAACCUCUCAUUCAGCCCAUCAGAGGAGUAUCUACUAUUUUCGCUUUUGACAGCUCUGCAGACACAGAUGAGAAUUGGCCAGACGGAGAAUCGUUAUGGUACACUUACGAAAGGCUCCAGACUUACGAUAAUGGUUCGAUUCCGUUUCCGGAAAUGCCCACCCCAGAGACUUUUAUCUCAAAGGGACUCAACAAACGACCCACCUUUUUCGGAUGUAAGGCCGAUUCUGAUGUGCCUUUGGUUGUGUAUGUACCCAACAUCAACGUGUCACAUGCCUCGAAUGUCUCUACAUCGACUCUAUCGUUUUCAGAUGAGCAGAAACUGGCCUUCAUCAAGAAUGGGUUUGAGGGUGCAACCAGAAACAACCUUACGGAGGACUCCAACUACAGGACGUGCAUUGCUUGUGCUUCCAUAGCCAAAAGUCUACAGGAAAACAACAUUGAAUUUGGCACACAGUGUCAAAGCUGCUUUGAUGAUUAUUGCUACAAUUGA